AUGAAUCAUAGUAAUGACUAAGCUGUCAUCUAACUAAAUUAUCUCUAAAGUACUUAAUUAAGUAAAAUGGACAGAGCAAUAUUAGAAUCUAAUUUCAAAGAAUGGGAAAUAUUUUUAUUGCUAAAAGAUUUUUUCAUAAAUGAACAAUAUCAAAAUAUCCCUUUUACAUUUGGAUCAUAUUUAAAAACAAAAUUAGAAAUUGAAGGAAAAGAACUCUAACAAAAUGAAACUAUAUUGGCAAUUCAUAAUAUUUAAAGGUUUUUAGGUUUUCUGAUUUCCAAUAAGUUAUUAAAUUUAACUAAAUAAAAUGAUGAAAACUUGGAAGAAGUCAUAAAAAUUUCUAGAAAUUUUACUAAAGGAAAGUAAUAUAAUGAAAGCACAACAUUAAAAAUUUCUCUUCAAUAAAUAAAAAAAAUUAUACAAAAAUUAAAGGACUAUUUCUAUAACAUUUAGGAUGUUAUUAAAAUUAUGAGGCUUAAUUAGAGCAAUUAGAAAAAGAGCAAUGAAAAACACAAUUUUGAGAAACUUGAUAAAUUUUAAAGAGUAGAAGAGAUCUUAAAAUUAUAUGUCAUUUAAGAUUAAAGAAAUUAAUCACAAAAUCAAAAUGUAAUUGACGACAACGAUAUAAUUUAGGAGUAAAGUAAAUCAAUUUUGGAAGAACUCAAAAAUAUUGAUUUUAAAGAAUACAAAUUUUCAUUUCUUGAUUUACCAAUAACCCCUCAAAAUCGAAGCAAAAUUCGAAGAAAAGCUGAAAAGUUGAUUGGCAUUUAUCAGAAAGAAAUUUAAAGGCUAGAAACAGAUUUAAUUCAAAAUAACUUAUUACAAUAUUUUUAGAAUUUAGUCAAUAAUUUAUAUUUAUUUUAUGAAAGCAAGUGCAAUGAACUUUAAGAAAAAUGUUCUUAUAUAAAUUUACAUCUUAAGGAGAUCAUGAUCAUUAUGUAUUAAAUUGAGACAGUUCCAAAAAUUUUGAGUCUUAAAACAAUUAAAUAAUCCUUUGCCAAUAUGCAUUUACUUAAAUGUCUCGAAAACUUAAGGUACAACAAUCUGAAGCUAAAAUUAAAAUUGAUUGAUUCAAAGAGGUCUUUUUCAUUUAUAUUUGAAAAAGCAAAACCAGAAGAAUUGGGAAGGCUGUCAGAAGAUAUAAAUCUUGAUGAGUUUCUACUAAAUGUUGUCAAAGAUUUUCCAUAAAGAAUUAUGAGAGAAAACACUAAUUUUACCUCAUUAAUACAUAGUGAAUUACAAAAUAUUGAAAUCACAAGAGAAGACUUUGAACACAGGUUAUCGAAAUAAAAAGGAAUAUUAACAUAUGUCAUGUUUCAAUAAUGUGUAAAUGAAAAACUGAUUGAAUAAGAAAGAAAAGACUUAGAGUUAAUAGAGAAGGAAUUUGAAGAAUUCUUUUUCAAAGAAACUCCUUCCGAAUUGUUAAUGGAAACAAUUUGGAAAAUUGUUGAAGAUCUAAAAGUUGAGGAAUCAUUAAAAACAGUGAUGGAUGAUAAAUUUAAUUUCUAAGAAUUGAGAUUGGAAAAAGAAAAAUAUGUUAAUUUUUUGUCUCAAUUAAGAAAACUUGAAGUUAUAACUAAAGGUUAACCGAUUGGAAAUUGGAAUUUAUUAAUCACACAAACAGAAGCAGUGAUCAAAACAAUGGAAACUUUUGGUUAAACAGACAAGCAAAUUGUCAAAAUGUUAAUUAAUGAAGAACUAGUGAAUUUAAAAACCAUAUUAAGCGAUCCCAAAAUAACUUAGAAGGAAUAGCAAAUAUCGAUAAUUCAAGAACAAAUAAGACAGGUUGCCAAUGAAAAAAGUAAUGAUACUGAAUAAAUUGAGUUGAAUUUGUAAAUUGAAAGAUAAAGUGGAAAUAGAGAAAUAGGUAGAGUUAAUUAAUUGAGUAAGAAAUUUAAAUUUUGCAGUAACGAUAACUAUAGAACUAAUUUAACGUUCAUGAUUAAGGUAGUAAAGUUAAAAAAAUUAAAACUUCAAUAUGAGAUGGAGCUAUUAUAAAAAUUAUUUGCAGAAGUUGUUCUUUUGUCUGAAAAGCUUGAUUAAAUUUAAAAGUAUGAAAUAGAAACUUAAACUAAAUUCUAAGAAAGACUUUAAUGUUAUAUUUUAGAAUUUAUAAAGAAAUUUGAGUUAUAAUAAUUGACAGAAGAUAAUUUAUAUUAAAAGGAGGAUGAAAAUUUUCAUUUGUACUUGGUAGGAAUAGAAACUAAGCUAAUUAAAAGAGUAGAUGAUACAGGGAUUAAUUAAGCUAAUAUAAAUAUUCCUGAUUUUCUAAAUUGCUUAUAGUUGUAUAUAAAGGAACAAUUAGUCAAAUAAAGGUGUUUUUCUAACAUUUAAAUUGGAUAAGAAUUUUUAAUUCAAUAAAUAAAAAAAAUAUAUUUAGAGGAUAUCAAAGAAGAAGACGAAGAAUCAA